AUGUUCCAGGCUAUUAUUUCCGGAAAAAAUGGAUUUUAUGUCACUAGAGCGUUAAUUGGUUUAUUAGAAGGUGGGUUUAUUUGUGAUACUUGCUUGUGGAUUAGUUAUUUCUUCACUUCAAAAGAGUAUACUAAUAGGAUGUGCUACUUUUAUGCUUCAAACCAGAUUACUACUAUCAUUUCUAGUCUAUUAGCUUUUGCUUUGUUGAAAAUUAAAACUUCGGCCUUAGGGGAUGGUUGGAGAUGGUUGUUCCUUAUUGAAGGAGCGUUUACCUUGAUCAUUGGCAUUGCCUCUUGGUUCUUAAUGCCUGCUUCACCAGUACAAACUAAAGCAUGGUAUCGACCAAAUGGCUGGUAUACUGAGAGGGAGGAAAAGAUAGUGGUUAAUAAAGUACUACGUGAUGAUCCAAAUAAAGGUGACAUGAAUAAUAGACAACCUGUUACUUUGAAGGAAUUGUUUAAAUCAUUUUUUGAUUAUGAUUUAUUCCCAGUUUAUUUUAUUCGCUUCCUUAUUGAAUUGAGUUCAAGUCCUGUCUCUGCGUACUUGCAGUUGUCCCUUCGUCAACUUGGAUUUUCUACGUUUAAAACAAAUGCGCUUUCGAUACCCAACUCAAUUUUAAAUCUUUUUACUAUGUUCCUAUUCUCGUAUCUUUCCGAGGUACUCAAUUCACGUUCCUUACUAUUUGCAUUUAAUGCACUAUGGUGUAUAUCUACUUUAAUUCCUAUGAGAUAUUGGUCAGGAUCUGGAAAACAAGAACAUGCUUGGGGAACCUUCGCGCUUUUGACUGUUUUGUUGGGCCACCCGUCAAUGACAGCUUUGUCAACAAGCUGGGUCUCUGCUAACUCAAACUCAGUGAAAACUAGAGCAGUUUCAACAGCUGUGGUGAACAUGUUUUCGCAGGCAGAUUCUAUCGUUGGUGCUAAUAUUUACAGGAUGAUGCACCACUAUAUCACCGUGGUAAUACCCAAUUAA